CCCAGUGAUAAUUCAUGGUGGAGAAGCCCUUUUUGGUCGAUAUGGCUGUCUCUGAAAUAGAGAAUUUCACGAUUGAACUCUGCGACACAAUUCCAGUACAAAUCAAGCAAGAAGUGGGAAGAUACCUUCACCCAGAUUACAGCCGCAAGAUGAUUUGUGGCCAAUGUCGAUCAUCAUCUUCAAAUCAAGAACCAAAAUACAUUAAAUUCGAAUAUAAGGGAGAAGGUAGUCUACAAAAUGAUGAUGAAUAUUUCCAACAAGAUGUCCCGUUGGAGAAUUGUGAGAGCAAACAAGAAGUUGAUAUGGACAUGACAAAUGAAGAAGUACCUAUUAGUGAACCACAAGAGAUACUUUUUUUGGCGGAUCCAUCCCUUCAAACUGAUAAAGAAGACAUGAGGGAAUCAACUAAUCAUAUGGUUCCUACAGAGCACGGUGGGAAUUCAUCUGAUGAAGAGAAUAAUGUCGAACAGCAAGAACAGAGCCCCGCGACGGGCAGGACUACCAGAAAGAGGAAAAAGAAAAAUUCCAAGGAAAAACAAACAGAAGAGACUUCUGUAAUAGAUACUGAUCAAGAUCACCCUAGAAGAUAUGUGAGAACAAGGCAAAAGAGGAAGGUUUCAGAAGAACCUGAGAAGGAAGAUGCUAAGAGAAAGAAAAGAGCAAGAAGGGGAAAGAAUUCAGAAGUUUCUUCUAGUACACAUGAACAAGAUGAUGAACAGGCAGAUGUUUAUAAGGAGUGCCCGUUGUUAGUACCGAAGCGUAGGUGGUCGACUACUCAGCGGAUAAAUUUGUAUAGUAAGCCCGACGUUAUCUCAUUGAUAAAGAAUACUCUGAACGAAAGGCAACUAGAUAUGCUUAGGAGAAGUUGCUUUGGAAAUUUCUUAGACUUCAAGAUCACCAAGUUCUCGUCCCAACUCUUCUAUCAUUUGAUUAGGCGACAGUGUAGUUCGAAAAACCCGAAUGAACUAUGGUUCAACCUUGAGGGUAGAGUACAUAAGUUUGGGAUCAAAGAUUUUGCUUUAAUAACAGGUAUGAACUGUGGAGAAUUACCGACCAUUGAUAUGUCCAAAAUUCAAAGAGCUUGGUUUAGUAAGAGGUAUUUUGGUGGGGAGAGGACUAUCAAAAGGACAAAAUUACCUGAGAUCUUUAUGGAAAUGGAUAAAGGGAGAGACAAAGAUGUUGUCAAAAUGGCAAAGUUGUACAUCUUAGAGAUGUUUUUACUAGGAAAGCAAAUAACGACAGGAAUAAAUCAUGAAUAUACUUUAUUGAUUGAUGAUGAUGAACAGUUUGAGGGGUAUCCAUGGGGGAGAGUCUCUUAUGAGAUUACAAUAGAUUUUGUGAAAAAAGCCAUAAAAAGCAAUGAUGCAUCAGCAAUAGGGAUAGGGGGAUUUCCAUACGCCUUACUUGUGUGGGCGUACGAGACGAUUCCCUUGCUCUCGUUGAAUUCGAAUCUUUUCGCGACGAAGAUUUCCUCUGGCAUGCCAAGAAUGAACAAUUGGGUAGCGAAUGUUCAUCCGGAGUGGAGGGACCUUUCGGAGAAGAUUUUUCGAUCCGAUUCGUUUGAUGUUCAGCCUAUUGAAGCAACCGAUGCCGAGUUGGGUAUGCGAUAUAUGUCGUUGCCCGUUGGCGGGGUUGAGCGAUCAAAAGACAAGAGUAAGUUACCAUUAGAUCAAGAACAGAACAAUGAUGCUAGAACCUCGUACAACAAGGAUUACGAUGAUUGGGAAGGUCCAAAUUUUGUUUCAAAUGAUGGUGUCGUGAAUUUUUUGUUGACUAAGAUAGUCAACAUGGAGGGAAAUAUGGAAAAAAUAUCUUAUGACAUAGAUGUGAUGAAGGAUCUUAUUUUUAAAAUUAUGGAAAAUGGUAAAAGAAGCGGUUGAGCAAAUGGUGAGAGAGCGAGAGAUCGAGAUCCUGAAAAGACUGAGCAAGAUGUAGGAGAUUACGAUAAAGGAGGACGAGGAAGAUGAGGACGAUUACGAUCCUUUAUUGAAAACUACGAGACAAAAUUAAAGAAAGGAGCUAUGGAGCAACGAGCGACGAUUCAACAAUCUAUCGUGGCGAAGGACAAGAAGCACAACACAAAACAAUCUCCCCCAACAAAGGAGUAGUUGCUUGAUGUUUAUUAAGAAAACUUCUUUUCACGUUUUGAAUUUUGAAAUUAACUAAUUAAUAUUCUCUCUUCUUUUUUCAUUUUUUUUAAAUCACCCUUUAUUUCAAAGUAAUAGUAUUCCAUGAAUGAGAAUAGUUUCGAUGGUGUUCUCUAAAUUUUAAAAAUGAAACCUA